UUGGUUUAGGUCAGCUGAUUUGAAACCAUAGACCCAAGUCAAGCAAUCGAUCCUGCUGACCGACAGCUGCAGCUGCUGGUUCUUUAAACAUCUUACAAUUUAAAUUUGCGCUUUAAAAUGUCUGGAAAGGAAAGGUUGGCAAUUUUUCCCUCCAGAGGAGCCCAGAUGCUGAUGAAGGCUAGGCUAAAGGGUGCACAAAAAGGUCACAGCCUGCUGAAGAAAAAGGCGGAUGCUCUACAGAUGCGUUUCCGACAAAUUUUGGGCAAAAUCAUUGAGACGAAAACACUGAUGGGCGAGGUGAUGAAAGAAGCAGCUUUUUCAUUGGCUGAGGCAAAGUUUACGACAGGAAGCGGCUUCAACGACAACAUUUUGCAGAAUGUUGAAAAGGCCAAAUUCAAAAUUCGCACAAAGAAGGACAACGUCGCGGGCGUUACUUUGCCGGUGUUCGAAAGUUACCAAGAUGGAGGUGACACAUAUGAAUUCACCGGUUUAGCCAGAGGCGGUCAGCAGUUCGCAAAGCUGAAGAAAAACUACCAUAAAGCAGUGGUUCUGCUGGUCGAGCUUGCCUCCCUACAAACCUCAUUCGUCACCUUGGACGAGGUCAUCAAGAUCACAAACCGACGUGUCAACGCAAUCGAGCAUGUGAUUAUUCCUCGCAUUGAGCGCACACUGGCAUACAUCGUGUCCGAGCUUGAUGAACUUGAGAGAGAAGAGUUCUACAGGUUGAAGAAAAUCCAGGACAAGAAGCGAAUCGCGCGCAAGAAAACCGAGGACGCAAAGGCAGCUCUGCAAAAAUCAGGAGUUGUGUUGGAACAGCCAGCAAACAUGCUUGAUGAGCAAGAUAAGGACCUGCUCUUUUAGGGGAAAGUAUUAAUAAUCGUUUGAACAAAUUACAUUCCGAUUUGUCACCGGCAAUAAUAUUAUGUUCUGGGGUAGGUUGGUGUAGACUCAUUGGAAAAGAAAAUAUUAUUCUUCAUGCUGGUGUGAACAAAUUUUUGUCGCCAAUGUGUAAAUAUGCUGUAUCAUAAAUGUUGUUACCUGCAUCAAGCGUUUGUUCCGCUAAUAUAGUCUAUUCAGAUGAAAAAUAAAUCGUGAAAUUACACAUCACAAA